AGCAGGCAGCAUUUAUUUUGGACCUCUCACAGAAUAUCAACAGUACAGCUAUGGUUCAUGGCUGGCUGUCAAUAACAAGCUAAGGAGAAAAAUGUAGGGAAGGUGAGAUAUGAAUGAGAGUUGGUGGAGGUCAAAAUCGGCAAUAAUGAUCAGAUCAUUUGGCAAAUGCAUCUUAAUUUCAAGGAUGAAGCAAUGGAUUCCACUCAUGUCUAACAACCUCCACGAUGAAGCCCAGUGUUCCAAACAUCCCUCCCUAUGCACAAUUAAGGUGAACCAUGUCGACUGUAAGACUUCCAUCUACCUGCAUGUUCAGAAGUGCCCCUGUUACCCAACCAAAGAGUGCAUUUGUGAAGAGCCCAUCAUCCAUUACUUCCGUAAAGAGGGUCUCUAAAUCAUUUGGCUUGAAAGCUGACCGUUACAGAGUGACUGCAUCAGCGGUAUAUAAGGUUAAACUGGUUUGUCCAGAUGGCGAGUACGAGUUUGAUGCACCUGCGGAUACUUACAUCCUGGAUUCAGCUGAGGCCGCGGGAGUUGAACUGCCAUACUCUUGCAGGGCCGGGGCAUGCUCUACCUGUGCGGGGAAGACCGUGACAGGCUCUGUGGAUCAAUCUGAUGGGUCUUUUCUCGAUGACAACCAAAUGGAAGAGGGAUAUGUCUUGACUUGUGUUUCUUACCCAACUUCGGAUUGCGUGAUUCACACCCACAAGGAGAGUGAUCUUUACUAGGUAUUUACUUAGGUUGUUCCUACAUUAUGCUGAAAAACUCCAAAAACUCUCAGGAUUAGGGUCUUGAUUCUCAGUGUCCACUCCUUCAACAUUGUUGUUUCAGUUAAUGUAAUGCUAUCCUUUUCAAUUUCCUGAAUUUCAUUCCAACUACUUUUGCCUAUAGCAUUGUUUUGUUCA